UUGUAUUGCACACCUCUAAAAAAAAACACCGCUCUAAUUCAUAAAUAUAAAAAAGAUCCUCUGAGGAGGGCACUUUUGUGAUGGCAACUUCACUUCUAGGGGUGAGUCUAAGGAGUUUCUUGCUGGUUUAAUUAGUCCUACCAUUGUUCUGCCGAGGGGAUUAAAAUUACUUCGGUCAGCGAAGGAAAGACAGUCACUUGAUUAUGUGUUGUGGAAGCAAGUGAGCAGAUCCAAGCGGAGGUUCAUUUCUAAUCUGCGACCUGGUUUCUAUCCGACAAAUUCUUCUCAUGUUCAUAGUACGUCCAUGUUGGAAUAUAUAUGAUAUAUAUAUAUUUGACCGGUGCCUAAAGUUAGUACUUGUUUUAUCCUAGCUUUUAUACCAUCCAUCCUACAGGAGGAACCGCGAUUAGGUUCGACACCUUUAGCCAUGCUGGCUGCGACUUGCAACAAGAUCGGGUGCCCUUCUCCAUCCGCGAUUUCGGAUAACACGUCGUCUUUCGGAAAGGGAUUUCACCCAUGGAAGCGCGCAACGGCUAGCAGCUGCAGUCUGGGCUCGGGUUUAUCCUCCAGUUUUGGCGUGACCAGAAACGGCGGGGCUUUGACAGACUCCUUCGGUGCUGGUGGCACAACUGCGUCUAGCGCCUUCUCACUGACACCCGGAGCCUCCUCCAACUCUCAUCUCGGCAACGACUACCCCGUGUUCCAGCCACCGGCAUCGAGCGCCUCUCAGGAAGCCGGCCAUCAGCCAGUGUUCAUCUCCAAAGUGCACGCCAGCGUGGACGGCUUACAAGGCAUCUACCCGCGCAUGAGCGUUGCGCACCCGUACGAAUCAUGGUUCAAAUCUUCGCACGCCGGGUUGCCGACUGGCGAUGUUGGUGCCACAAGCGCUUCCGCCUGGUGGGACGUUGGCGCCGGAUGGAUUGACGUCCAAAACGCCAACGGCGCCGCAGCGCUGCAGACACCACUCCACUCAGGAGGACUCCAAACGUCUUUGCAUUCGCCGCUGGGCGGCUACAACUCGGACUAUUCCGGUUUGAGUCACUCUGCAUUCAGCACAAGUGCGUCGCCACACCUGCUGUCCGGCGGGCAGCACAUCAUGGACGGCUUUAAGCCUGUACUCUCUUCCUACCCGGACUCGAGCCCAUCUCCCCUGGGCGGCGCAGGAGGUGCCAUGCUGAGCGCGGCCCCGUCUGCCUCACUGGCUGGCUCACCCAGGUCGUCAGCGCGCCGCUACUCGGGCCGUGCCACGUGUGAUUGCCCCAACUGCCAGGAGGCAGAACGCCUGGGACCUGCGGGUGCGAGCUUGCGCCGUAAAGGCCUUCACAGCUGCCACAUCCCCGGUUGUGGCAAGGUGUACGGCAAGACGUCGCACCUCAAGGCGCAUCUGAGGUGGCACACGGGCGAGCGGCCUUUCGUGUGUAACUGGCUCUUCUGCGGCAAGCGCUUCACGCGCUCCGAUGAGCUCCAGAGGCACCUGCGCACGCACACAGGUGAGAAGCGUUUCGCAUGCCCUGUGUGCAACAAGCGCUUCAUGCGCAGUGACCACCUGAGCAAACACGUGAAGACCCACAGUGCAGGCGGCUCUGCGGGCUCUGGUUCGGGCGGCAGCGGCGGCAAAAGGGGCAGUGACACCGACAGCGAGCACAGCGGGCCCGGCAGCCCUUCAUGCAAUUCCCCCGACUUGCUACAGCCCGCCGAGGCACUUCCGCCGAGUAUGAACGGCCGCGCCAACUCCCUCGAUUAAACUGCUUAAAAUGACUGGAAUUGAAGCGGCAGGGUUAGUGACCUUUACAAACAAGGUACUGAGGUUUACUAAGAAAUAACUGAGGAGCCAGCUUCACUUCGACGUUAUCAAGACAUAAAGUUGAUGAUAACGCAAAAAGUCAGCCUUGGCCCGGACAGAUUCUGUGACGCAGUCGCAGGAAAGAAGUGAAAACUUUUGGGGGAAAUCUGGGCACGAAGACGAAUUUGCUCCAAAGGCCCAUUUUAAUGGAUUCGUGUUGGAUACAGUUGAAUUCGUUAAAUCAAAGUUUUGAAAUGUCAAUCAGUGAAAGGGCCAGCAAUGUUUCGCUUCUGUUCUGUUUCCUCAAAAUAAAACAGUGGCACUUUAUUCACAAAAUUCACAAUUAAAAUACGCUGUAAUGUGGCCAAGAUUUUUUUUGUUCAAAAUAAUUUCUUUAAUAUUGCAAAAAAAAAAAAAAGAAGCAUAGCAUAUAUGUCGCACAUUGGUCUUUAUUCAGGAAGAAUACAAAAGCUGACAAUAUUUGUAUGAAAUUUACUUAUUUGCUAUUGCUGAAAAAUGUACAUAUUGAAACUGUAUAGAAUAGUUUAGAGGAUUAUUACAUACCUGUGUAAAAGUUUGGGUAACGUACUGUCCAAGAUACAUUUUUGUAUAGUAGCUAUUUUUAGUUGCAUAUUGACUUUAGUAAAUAUAUCAAAUGGAGUGCAUUUUUGUCAAGACGUCAUAUUUAUCCAUAAAUUGGACUUUCUUUUUUGUAUAACUGAUCUUUAAUUUUGCGAUUUAAUAGAGUCGCACCUUUAAACUGUAAAACUGAAAAAUCGAAAUUAAUGACAUCAUUUAUGUCAGCAUGCACAUGUGAGAGGAGCUCAUUUCAAUACUUUUCUCCCAAGAAAUGGCUCUCUCUCUCAAAGCCCCUCAAUAAAGGCAAC